UUUCAGUCCUAAUGGCGAGUUCUAAGACGCUCGACUUGUUUCAGCAUCUGUCUUUACCAGCCAGGGAGGAGCGCUUGGAUGCAUCUGUCAACCUCGUUCAUACUCUACUUGAAUCCCAAUCUCAGUAUGAAGCAAAAGGGCCACACAAGAUGCUGGUAGAUGCGGCAGAAGAUGACCAUGAAGAAUCAAGGCCCCUCAAGAACAAAAUUCCUGUGGAUCCCCUUGAGGCAAUCAAAGGUCUACAUGCUGAAGACGUUAGCUAUGCUGUUCGUCGACUAUCUCGCGGUCUCGCGAGCUCCCGUGAAAGCAGCAGACUGGGUUUUGCAGUGGUUUUGACUGAACUAUUGUCGAGGCUAAAUACAAUCUCUUCUUCUCAAAUCAUCUCAUUGGUGCUUAGUUCCAGCAAGAUAUCGGCAGAUAUGCGAGGUUCUGAAGUCACGGACCAAUAUUUUGCUCGCUUGUUCGGCUUGAUUUCUGUCAUCCAGUCGAGGGUUUUGUAUCAGGUUGCCGCCCCACAGACCGAAUGUUCCCCUCUGACGACGCCUUCUUCACUCUCAAACUUUCAAACUGUCUGCAGGGAGCUUAUUGCCGUAGGCAAAGAGGAAUCACGGCUCCGAGAAAGCUGUUGGUGGGCCAUUGGCCUGAGUAUUGACCGUCUUCGAGAGUGUGGUUCUGUUCCAUGGAUGAGCGAGGCGAAGCAAUGGAUCCUUAAUACAGUAUAUGAAGUUAAGAAGCAUAGCCCCCACUCAACAGCCUGGACACCCGAGAAGCUUGCUAUCACCCUUCAGUUGAUGCCCUUGGCCCCAUCAGCGAAUUGGAAGUCUUUGUUGGCCCCAACAUUUAAAAACGGGCAUCCAUUGACUCUCAACAAUCUUGCCAGCGUCGCAAGAAUUUUAAAGGGACUCCCCGACGAGGGAACUAAUACGUCCAUCCACCCCAAGGACACUGAAUGGAAACCUCAGUUGCAUUACGCUUGGCAAUUGAUCAUCCAACAGUAUUACCCAACAGAUGGCACUGAGCCCCCGCACAAUUCGUCUUUUUCCGACUUUUUCCGCAUCGUGGUGGACGAAUCCUUACUUUCGCCUGAGGCUCCCUCGCAAGAGUACCAGUUCUGGGGUCUUUCAGUUGUUAAUUUGGCCCUCAACACUAUACCUUCCUCUGAUAUACCUCAAUUAUUCACCUGGAAUUUCAUGUCCACCUGGAUCAAGUAUUUGUCAGACAGGGAUCGUAACUUGCAUCCGAUGGCACAACAACUGGCCACAAAAGUUCGGUCAAUAGUGGCACAGCAUCCUAUCACCGGGUUCAAUGUUUUCACUCAAUGGCUUGGGUCGUACAAGAGCCAUCAAUUAUAUAUCCCGAAUGUUAAUACCAUGGAAAAUAUUUUAAUAGCUACUGACGAGGAUAUUGUGAUGAAGUAUAUUCAGCAUAUUAUCCAGUUGCUGCGAGACGGCGGGGAGGAAAACAGCUCUGAAUCCUUCCGACUCUGGGCCAUUGACCAGCUCUGGGCCAAGUCUCGGAAUCCCUCGAUUCGAAAAAAUGACGAAUGCAUCAUGCCAAUUCUGGAGUUCUUUAUCGUUGAGGGUUUCUUUGAUGUACAAGAGAAACUCGACCAUAAUGCAAUUACCAGUAUUCGUAAGGCGCCGAAAGUUCCAUUCUCUGUGGUGGCGAGGAAACAUUGUCGGAUGCGGCUUUUUGCUACUUUGGCAGGCUUAAUGUCAACUAUCGUCAAAGAUGCCAGCCUCAGAACUGCUAAGACCCCUACUGCAUUCGCAUUGGAUGGUAAAUCAUGGCUGUCGAAAGUCUUUGGGGUCAUUUCGGAGUUGGAGCGGGAUUCAGAUACUACAAAGGCUGCCACCCCUCUUGUACAGCCAUCCGAAACUUUAGCUGCUCUAAGAAAGCAGACUAAGAAACUUCGGUCGCGCCUUCGCGCCUCGGAGGACAAUCAGGAGAUGGCACAUGGCAUAGACGUUUUACUCAGUGCACUUCUACUGAAUACCUACGAUCCUGAUGCUGAUGUUCAGGAGCUUCUUCAAAGCUGCAUCUCGAGUGUAGCUAGACUUUUGCCUCCCAAAGAAUCGUCGCCUAAGAAGAGGGGCAAUGUCGCAGAAGUAUUGCCGAAUGCCCCACUACCAAUUGACGAGAUUGUUGACAUUCUGAUCGGAUUGCUUGAAACUGGUACCGCGUACUCGCGUGUAGUUGCAAAUGUUUGUUUCGAAGCCCUUACUCCAGAGAUGCGGCAGGGCACGAUGGAUCUAAUAUUGGCACAACUUGAGCAGCGUGAUGUAUCGUCGAGUGAUUUACGUGAAGACGAUGAAGCGGAGGCCGAGAGCGAAGGCAGUAGUGCAUCCUCGGAGUCGGAUGAAGACACCGAUGGCGAUGAGAAGGAAGAUGAUGAUGCCGACGGAAAUGACAGCGAGAGUGCAAAUGAAUCUUCUCCUGAGGGGGACGAUGAGCAAUUGGAGGAAUUGCGACGCAAAGUAGCCGAAGCCCUCCAAACUGAUGACCCGGAGCAAGACGGCGAGGAGGGAGAGAUGAACGACGAGCAGAUGCUGAAGCUGGACGGCAAACUUGUCGAGGCUUUCCGUCUGCAACGCGGCCCCAAGCCGGCCAAGAAGCAUGUGCAAAAUCUUCGGCUUGACGCCACGAACUUCAAGACUCGCGUCCUAGAUUUGAUUGAUAUCUUCAUACGCAAGCAACCCUCCAGCCCCCUUGUUCCCCACAUGAUUCCGGCUUUGCUGGAAGUUGUACAGACCAGUCGCUCAGAUGAAGGCCACUUUUCCAAGAAAGUCCUCAAUAUUCUUCAAUCCAGGCUCUCCAAGAUCAACUCACCCCCCGAUCCGAGCCUAGAUGUGGAAAGGACGCUGGGGGUUUUCCGCCAACUGCACAGCUCAGCACGGAAAGCGUCUCGCGACUCUUUGGCUUUGUUUGCAAACCCUGCAAUUUAUUUGGCAAGAGUCCUCAGCCAUCUGGGGCAAACAGAAGAAGUGACCUCGUUGUAUCUUGAGUCAUUGAACGAUUUCGCAACUCGUUCAGGGUCAAAUAACGUUCUCAAUUUCUUCAAGCAAUGGGUCCAACGGCAAUAUCUAGUUGCUUGGGGUCUCCGUGAUAACAUAUUGGAACUUUGUGGUAGCAGCAAGAUUCACACCGCUUUCCGCCGACUCCUGGUGUUUCAAAUACUGCAGGAGUUACUCGUGAAUGGACAAAAUUUGCACGGAGACACUCAUAAAAACGAGUUCGUUUCGUUCAUGAAGUCCUACCGUCAAUUGCUUUACUCCAACAUCACAAAAGCGGUUCAGGAUGGCGGCGCAAAAACAAAAAAUUCCGGACAGAUUAGGGACCUGUUGAAAUUCGGGCAACAGGCGUUGGUUAUCUCCGGGCGCCACGUUAAGUUCCAGGAUGAGCUGGCCGCUAUUUGGGAGCCUGACUCGCUUCACUCCCUUGAAGAGCUGCUGGAAUCCAGUCCGCACGCCGGAAAAUUGACGAAAACCUUUCAGAAGAUACAUGAUGCUGCUGUCCCGCGGGUGUCGAAGAACAACGGAAGCGUUGAAUCAAAGCGCAAAGCAGAGGCAGACGAACCUCCCAAAGACGAGGGAAAGGCUCAUGUCAAGGGGAAGGAUGAACCUAAGCGGAAAAAAGCAAAAACAAAAUAACGCAUUAUCAUUGCUAUCAUGUAUUAGUAUAUCGUUUUCGCUUAGGUUGCUGCGGAUGUGAUAGAGCAUCUCGGCGGAAAAUUUGGGUAUCAUGGGUACUACGGAAACAGUCCGAAUGUCGAGUGAACGCAUAACUUAGUCAUCAACAUCAAAUGGCGUUAGCCACGGUCUAAGUGUUGGACCAUCGAGGAGCGGGUGCAUGAAUAGGAUAACUCACGCUGGUUCCAUAACCUUUCUCCUUCUCUACACGAAUAUCAAAGAUCAAAUCACCGCUCGAUUCAUCCCAAUCAACCUGACACCAGUUUCGUCUUCCCAUCACCAAAUUAGCUUUCAAUGGAGUUCCAUCCGUGUCCUGCU